UUCUCCAUUUAUACCUGGGUACGAACUCAUCGUGCACAUCACAAGUACGUCGACACAGAUCUGGAUCCACAUAACAGCCGACGUGGCUUUUUCCAUUGCCAUAUGGGAUGGACGAUAAGAAGAUACGAUCCUGAAGUCAUUCAAAAAUUAUACGAGGUCGACAUGCGGGACAUUAUGGCGGAUCCAAUCCUCGCUUUCCACAAACAGUACGUUGUGUUGAUAAACUUGAUAUUGUCCUUCAUUUUGCCCACGCUGAUACCAGUUUACUUCUGGGACGAGACGUGGGACAGAUCCUUCGUUUCGCAAGUAGCCCGGUCGUUACUCCUGCUACACGCGACCUUUUCCAUAAACAGCUUCGCUCACAAGUGGGGUGCCAGGCCAUAUAACAAAAAUAUA